AUGAGAUUCACUCACCCUGCACUCCUACUGGCGCUGUGCCAGCUUGCUUCAGCAUCGCCAUGCAAGCCCUCUUCAUCAGUCAUUUCCAGUGCGCAUACGACCACUGAUAAUGAGUCCGCAUCAUCUGCGACUGAAACAUCGACUGUGAUCUCUGGGGAAACAGGCUCGUAUACUGUCUCUCAUGAUACGACGCUGACUGCUUUCGAGACCGCAUCAACCUCCGACUUGUCAGUCUCUACAACUUUGGUAUCAACUUCGAGUGCAGAGCCUACAACUACGCUCGACGCGACAACAGAUUUGUCAACAACCACUUUUGAUAGCGAGGCGUCUGCUACACUCAUCUCGACUACCACUGCUGAGGCUUCGACCACCACAUCAGCAGAACCCGAAAUCCCAUCCAACCGCGUCCUCAACCCCGGCUUCGAGGACGCCUUAGUCUACCCCUGGGAAUCCAUGGCCGGAUCGCUAUCCAAAAUAUCAUCUGGAGUCCACAGCGGCAGUCAAGCCGGAGCCUUCAGCGGCAACACCCCCAUGAGUGCAAUACAGGGCGUGAGACAGUUCAUCGAACCGACCUGGAUCACACCCGGCAAGGGCUACAAGUUCUCCGCCUGGGUGAAGCUUACAAUGACUGUUGGCUGUGGUUCCCCCACAAUAGUUUGUGGUCACGGCAUGGGACAAGGCGCGACAAGUCUCGGCGGGACCAUCGAGCAGACUGGGGACUAUUCUUUGGUGAGUGUGACGUGUUCUUGGACGCAGGCGCAGUGGGAGGCUAGGCCGAGUGUGCAGAUUAGGGGUUACUGUACGGGACUUUCUUUCUUUGUGGACGAUGCGUCUCUGAAGGAGGUUGAGACGCUGGGGUAA